GAGAGUGAGAGAGAUACGCAAAUCUUGAAACUGAAUUAGCAUAACCAACUCAGUAAUCAAGAUCCUCUUCAUCUUAUUCUUCUUCUUCUUCUUCAGUAAUAAAGAUGAAUAGGAGGCAGCAAAGGGCUUUCAAAUUGUUAAUGUGGAUUAUGGGACUCUGUCUCGCAUGUUAUCUUGUAGGACCACCUUUGUUUUGGACACUCAACGACACCCUUAGCUCCGUUUCUCCAUCUUGUCCUCCUUGUCCUUGUGAUUGUUCUCUUCAACCCCUUAUUUCUAUCCCAGAAGGAUUGAGCAACAAUUCUAUUUUAGAUUGCAUGAGGCAAGAUCCAGAGGUGAGUGAAGAAGCUGGGAAGAGUUUCACAGAUUUAUUGACUGAAGAACUAAAGCAAAAGGAAGCUGAAGCUGAAGAAAAACAAAGACAUGCUGAUAUAUUACUUUUAGAGUCAAAGAAAAUAGCAUCACAGUAUCAAAAGGAGGCUGACAAAUGCAAUUCAGGGAUGGAGACAUGUGAGGAAGCUAGAGAAAGAUCUGACAGAGCACUUCAAAAUCAGAUGAAAGAAACUGCUUUGUGGGAACUUAGAGCUCGCCAAAGAGGAUGGAAACCUGCUCCAAAGAAAGCUAUUUCCCAUUUUUAAACAAUGGGUACAAACAUUAUUAUCCCUCUUGCCUCUCACUACCUCUUUAUUUCUUACAUUCAUUGAUUUUUUUUAUUAUUUUGUGGCACUUGAUAUAUUAUUUAAUGAGAAAUAAAUACAUAAGAUUAUCUUUUGGUUUAACUAUAGACAGUCUUUUCUUAAGCUCCCUUGAAUUAUUGAAUUUCUUGCAA